UUCCUCCACCAGGUGACAUUCACCAAACGGAAGUUCGGUUUGAUGAAGAAGGCGUACGAGUUGAGUGUCCUGUGCGACUGCGAGAUCGCUCUCAUCAUCUUCAACCACUCGAACAAGCUGUUUCAGUACGCCAGCACCGACAUGGACAAGGUCCUGCUCAAGUACACAGAGUACAACGAGCCACACGAGAGCCGGACCAAUGCCGACAUUAUCGAGACGUUGCGAAAGAAAGGCUUUAAUGGCUGCAACAGCCCCGAGCCCGACGGCGACGACUCCAUCGACCAAAGUCCGCUAAACGAUCGCAAGGCCGACGACCUGGACAGCCUCUUCAAACGCUAUGGCGCUCUGAACAAGAAAGAGCACCGGGACUCUGAGAGCCCAGACCCCGAGGAGCCCUUCUCCCUCACCCCCCGCACUGAGGAGAAAUACAAAAAAAUUGACGAGGAGUUUGAUAAAAUGAUGCAGAACUAUAGGCUGUCAUCCACUGUCCCACAGCCCACCUUCCCGAUGCCAGUCACCGUGCCAGUGACCAAUCAGAAUGCAGCGGCGGCCCUCCAGUUCAGCAACAAUCCCGCCGGUGCGCUGGUCACCACCACUUCCUUCGUCACCUCCACCCUCACAGAUCCCCGCCUCUUGUCACCACAGCAACAGCCUCUGCAGAGGAACACCGUGUCGCCAGGGUUACCGCAACGACCGGCCAGCGCAGGUGCAAUGUUAGGAGGAGAUUUGGGGAACUCAAACGGAGCGUGCCCGAGUCCAGUUCCUAAUGGCUACAUCAGCGCCAGGGCCUCCCCGGGCCUCCUGUCCGUAUCCAAUGGCAACAGCCUGGGAAAAGUAGUCCCGGCAAAGUCCCCACCUCCACCCAGCCCUCAGUUGGUCAACAGCCGGAAGCCGGACCUGAGGGUCAUCACUUCACAGAGUGGAAAGAGCCUCCUGCAGCUGACAGAGGAAGAGCUGGAGUUGGUGAGUGAGAAUGCUCAGCGGCUAGGUAGCUCGCAGGUGACUCAGCCACUCACAACUCCAGUGGUUUCUGUGGCAACACCCAGUCUCCUUGCUCCCUUCCCUGGCAUGCAGACUGCCUACAACACGGAGUACCAGCUGACGAGCGCGGAUCUCACAGCCCUUCAGACUUUCACACCACCAGGGCUGGUGCCUGGCAACAUGGCCGCCUGGCAGCAGCAACCAGUCGUCUCCCAGCAACAACAACAGCAUCAACAGCAGCAACAGCAGCUGACACUGGCGUCACUCAAUAACUUGGUCUUGGCUUCUCAGUCCAACUUUCUCUUGGGCAGAGAGGAGGGCCUCUGCUGGUCAGUUGGCCCCGUACCUCAGAGCACCGCACUCACAGUCAACACAAACCCCAAUGUCAACAUCAAAUCAGAACCCGUCUCCCCAAACCGUGACCGCAGCACCCCCAGUUCCACCGGCGGUCCAGUGUUGGGCGCAGGGCCUCAGAUCCAGGGACAAGGUCUGGUGUCCAUCGCCUUCCCUGGCACCCAGGGCCGCUCGCCCGUCGACAGCCUCAGCAGCAACGGCUCCUCCUAUGAGGGCAGCGACAGGGACGAUGGUGCCCAGGGUCGAGGCGGGGGGCAAGACUUCCACCACCAGGCGGCAGCCGGAGCACAGCAGUCCACCAUGGUCCUGCUGCGGCCCUCGUCAGCUGAGCCUCAGGAACAGGAUGGGACAAACGUCAAGAGAGUGAGAUUGGAUACCUGGGUGACAUAAAGGAGAACAGAGGGAUGGACACAUGGAAGGAGGAGAUGUGUACUUGUGGCUUGUGUACAUGCCCCCCACCAGCUCUUGACGCCCCCCAGUUUCCCCCUCUGAAAACCCACACAGAAUAAAACCACCAUUGACCCAGUAACUUACUCUUCAUGCAGGAAAGUCAUUCAUGCACAACACAAGCAUGCAAUCACUCUCAUGUUGCACAUGUGAACACUGAUGCUCAGUUGUAUGGCGAUGUGCGUUCAUGUUUGUACUUUGAUGUACUCAAAACAUGAAAAGCCCCCAGUGGGUUGAGCCAACGAUCCAGGGAUUACUCAUCAAACGAAUUACCAUGUUGGACUUGAUCCAGCUGCAUUUUUAGUAGGAGUGAGCAAGUACAUUUUCAAUCAGGCAUAAAAUUGGACUUUUGAACUACUUGACAGUUGUUGGCAGACCAGACAAACAAACCGGACUUGGUUUCCCAGAAUGCCCCGCAUUCGAUUUAUGAAUGGACCCACUCUUGCAUCCUCACUCUUUUCCCACAGAUGUUGGUCAAAUAUGACAGAUUUGUGCUCUGAAAGUGCCACUGAAAACGUCCACAAAUGUCUUUUCUACACAUCCGGCCAUCCACAGCUGCGUUGCCAUCUAUUUAGAUUCUUGUUUCUUCGGGCGGUUUUGAACAGAGUCUCGUCCUUCUGUCCUUGACUGUCCAGAGUUUAGAUUAAUUUUGGUUUUGGAUUUGAAGACACUAAAAA